AUGAUGACAUUUGCCAUGCUGCGGCCUAUGGCGACGCACUUGAUCUACUCAGAUCUCAGCGUGAUGUCCGAGGAUGAUGACAACCGCAGCGAGAGCGACGGCAGCUCGGAACGAAGUUAUGGAGUGUGUGCCACCGAAAAAAGACGAAGGAUUUCACGGAAAACGGAUGGAAGCAGCGUCGUGGUUAUAAAACAGAGGAACGCGGCUAAUGCCCGGGAGAGAGACCGGACCCAAAGUGUCAACACGGCGUUCACAGCACUUCGGACUCUGAUACCCACCGAGCCGGUGGACAGAAAGCUGUCAAAGAUAGAAACCCUUCGCCUGGCAUCCAGCUACAUCUCUCAUCUGGCCAACGUGCUUCUGCUCGGAGACGGGAACGGCGACGGACAGCCGUGCCUCGGUGCGGUUUACGCGCAAGGAGAGAGCGGCGCGAAGCAGCCGCGGACCAUCUGCACCUUCUGCUUGAGCAACCAAAGGAAAGGGAUAAAGGAUGGCAAGGACUGUUUAAAACUCCGAGGGCUGGGUUCCCUGCGAAUGAGACGCUGAUUGAAGACCAGUGAAUGAUCAACAACCUGAAAAUCCUCAUAGACUUUCUCAGGGAAGAGUCAAAGCUGGUUUAAUAGUACAUGCACACACACACAC